ACCUAAGUCAGGAAGAAUUGCAAAGUAGAAUACGUAACAUUCUGUGGUGGUGGAUCAGGAGUUAAUAGUUCUCAUGGACGAUCCUGGAGGGUUUACUGGAGGAAGUGACAUUUCCAGUGGGCCUUGAAAGAUAGCUCAUCCUCGAGGGCGGAGAGAGGUGGCAUUUGAGUCCUCCGGUAUCCCAGCAGGCAGUGCAGCCUAGAGAUGCUGACAAAGGACCGGAGGGAGCAGUCGCAGCAGCUUUCCGAGGAGCCAGUGUUGCCGAGAUUGCCAAAAUGCUUUGGAGUUUUUAACUGAUUUUAAGAAAAGCCCCAAAUAGAUUUGAGACUGUAAAAACUGAAGCCGCAGCAAGGGGGAUUCAGUGCCAAUGAAUCAACAAAAAAGACAGCCAGAGUUAGUGGAAGGAAAUCUUCCUGUCUUUGUGUUUCCCACAGAGCUAAUCUUUUAUGCAGAUGACCAGUCAACACAUAAGCAAGUGUUGACCCUGUAUAAUCCCUAUGAGUUUGCCUUAAAGUUCAAAGUUUUGUGUACUACUCCAAAUAAGUAUGUUGUCGUUGACGCUGCAGGUGCAGUAAAGCCUCAGUGUUGUGUGGAUAUUGUGAUUCGUCAUAGAGAUGUUCGAUCCUGUCACUAUGGUGUAACAGACAAAUUCCGUCUCCAAGUUUCCGAGCAAAGCCAGAGGAAGGCUUUAGGAAGGAAAGAGGUCGUGGCUACUCUUCUCCCAUCGGCAAAAGAACAACAAAAGGAAGAAGAGGAAAAAAGAAUAAAGGAACAUUUAACUGAAAGUUUAUUUUUUGAGCAGUCGUUUCAACCAGAAAUUGAAGAGAAACUCACAAAGUAUACUUUCACAAAAUACCAAACCCAGGUCAUUAAAAAGGUAUUUAAAAAAGAUUCAGCUGAAUCUUGGUGGGUUUGUCUUAAUUACAUUAUUAAUGAACUGCUAUAUCUGUGCCAGGUUUUAGCCAGUGCUCUCUGGCUUAAGAAAACUAUGUUCUUUAUUAUUGUUUAUAAUAAUGAAGAAUUGAAAAUGACCUAAAAGUCUAUCAAUUGGGGGUUGAUUAAAUUACGAAUGUUCAUAAGAUGGAAUGUCAGGCAGACAUUUACGAAGAUUUGAUAGAAUGGUAGAUACUUAUAUACUGACAUAGCAAGAGGUUCAAAUAUAUUUCCAAGUGAGAGAAAAGAAGUUAUAGAACAGUAUGUAUAAUAUAGUCUCAUUUAAGUAAAAAAUCACCUUACAUGUUUAUAUGGGCAUUUAUGAAAUCUGAAAAGCUCUAUACUAAGCUGUUAACAGUGUUAUCUCUAGGAGGAUGGGAUUACAGAGGAAACUUUAUGCUUUCUAUAUCUCUAAAACUUUUACAACCCUGCAGUAUCAGAAAAACUUUCCACUUUGAAAAAUGUCAAGCAUUUAUGUGAAUGUUUUUGGAAUUUUUCUAAAUAGUAAAAAUUCCUUGAAAUAAUGUUUGCUGUGGGUUUGCAUUGAGCAGUGUAGUUGUCACAAAUAUUUUCCUUGAAAACUUACCUUUGCAACAAAUAUAAAAGUACUACAUUCAUUAGCAAAAGACAGACUUGUUUUUAGGCAUUUAUGCUAUUGUUUCAUCUCAAGCAAUACUCACUAUAAAAUUUGAAUUUGUUUUCACCUAUCUGGCUUUGGUGAGGCUCAAUUAAACUUCACACAACAGCUAAGGUAUUAAUAAUUUAGAAAAGCUGCAUCUAAUAAUACAAUGAACGGUGUUAUUAAUAAGACACAAAGAUUGUGUUGCUGUUGGCUAUUCCUUUUAAUGAAAGGAAGGGUAGUGGGAAAAGCUAUAUGACAGAAAAUGCUGGUGGGUUUCUUAAAAAUAUGGGUAUGAAUAUUGUACAUGCACAGCCAGAACUGUAGAAUAGCAGGCCUGGUGAUAAAUGAUUUUAAAUUUUAUUUUAUUGUGGUAAGAACACAACAUGAUAUCUACUCUUUGAACAAAUUUUUGUGUGCAAGAUAGUAUCGUUAACUAUAGGAACAAUGCUGUGCAGCUGAUCUCUAGAACUUAUUCGUCUUGUAUAAUUGAGUUUUUAUGCCCAUUGAUUACCAGCCACCCUGGCAGCCACCAUUCUGCUCUCUGAUUCUAUGACUUUGACUAUUUCAGAUUCCUCAUAUAAAUGGAAUCAAUAGUAUUUGUCCUUCUGUGACUGAUUUAAUUCAUUUAGCAUAAUAUUUGCCAGAUAUUGUUUCUGCUGCUUUCUUACUUCUAUGCUAUAAAUGGGGGUAGAGUGGAGGGCAAGAAUUUUCAUAGGGAGCUUUAAUAACAUUAAAGUAGGACCUUUUUGCUGCCUUAACAUUUUCAAAAAUGGUAGCAGGAUGCUGCAGUUAUUUGGACCAAAUCUGUCUCAAGACCUACCAAAGAUACUCCCAGAAGGCAGUGGAGCUCUACUGCAAUGGGCCGCAAAAUGGAGUGGUGCAUUGGGGGUAUGGGAAGAAAAUGCCACACCUUCAAUUUCUAUCUAUGUUUAGCCCAUUCUCUACACAGAUAAUACGUGCUCGAACACUUUUUAUGAAUUCCGGCGGGGUAGUGGGGAAACAAUGAUGACCACUGUUCUCUUCAGUAGAAACUCACUACCUCACAUUCCAUCCUGUAAUGGGCUUCCAGAUAAGUCCAACAGAUAAGGCCCCAUGGAAUGGGAAUGGUGGGGAAAGAGAGGUUAGACAAAACCAGAAUCCUCGUAAGUGGUGGUCAGUCUAUGUGAAUGAACUUUUGUCUUAGGUUGUUUUUAGAAUCAAGCUCAGGGAUUUUUGCCUUUUUACAGAAAACAGAACUGUCUCCUCAGGACCUAGUUUACUAACUGUCUUCCUGGGAGUGGUGUGUAUUGCAGCUCUGAUGCUUCCCACACUGGGGGAUGUGGAAUCGCUGGUGCCUCUCUACCUCCACUUAAGUGUGAAUCAAAAAUUA